AAAAAACUCAACUAAUGGUUUGAUUCUUCACAACAGAACAGAGGGAAAGAAGUAAGAGGAGCAGACGGGAAGAGGCUUCAAUUCUCCGAUUCUCUCACUCUUUUCUUUUUUUGCUGGGUUUUAGCUUCUCCCCCAUUUCGUGUUCGAUUUUUGUGUGUGCAUAUUUUGAAGUCCUUUUUCCUCCACCGGGGGUUGAUUGGUAGCAGGACCAAGAAAUUUCUGUCCUUCUCCCUCCCGCUUCCGUUUCAAAACUCUCACCCGUACCGCAAGCUUUCGUCUGUCUGUAAAUUUGCUCUAGCUCUUGAGAGGUUGUAGAAGGACGGAGAGACGUGCAGACUGAAAGCUGAGCACUAGCUCAGCACUCUCGUGCUCGGCUGCUGGAUGGUUUGCAGCGGGAGGCCGCGGCAGUAGAUCGAGGAGCUGCUCUGAGUUUCUAGAUCUGAUUAGCUCCGCUUGGAAAUGGCUGCUAGUGUUAGUCUGGCUGUUGGGUCCCUUGUUUGGGUGGAGGAUCCUGACACAGCCUGGAUUGAUGGUGAAGUCGUGGAGAUCAAGGGUGAAGAUAUUAAGGUCCUCUGCACAUCAGGAAAAACAGUUGCUGUCAAGGCUUCCAAUGUGUAUCAUAUAGACACUGAAGCCCCACCAUGCGGUGUGGAUGAUAUGACAAGACUAUCUUACUUGCAUGAACCCGGAGUCUUGCAGAAUCUCAGAUCUAGAUAUGAUAUGAAUGAAAUUUAUACCUACACUGGGAGUAUAUUGAUAGCUGUGAAUCCAUUUAUGAGGCUACCGCAUCUCUAUGAUAUCCAUAUGAUGGCGCAAUAUAAAGGUGCUGCCUUUGGUGAGCUGAGUCCACAUCCUUUUGCUGUUGCAGAUGCCGCAUACAGACAGAUGAUACAUGAAGGGAUCAGUCAGUCAAUUUUAGUCAGUGGUGAGAGUGGUGCUGGUAAAACAGAAAGUACAAAAUUGCUCAUGCGGUAUCUUGCUUACAUGGGAGGAAGAGCUGCUACAGAGGGAAGGACUGUCGAACAACAAGUUCUUGAGUCAAAUCCUGUGUUGGAAGCAUUUGGUAAUGCCAAGACUGUUAGAAACAACAACUCAAGUCGUUUUGGUAAGUUCGUCGAGAUUCAGUUUGACCAGAAGGGAAGGAUUUCAGGAGCUGCAGUCAGAACUUAUUUGCUGGAAAGGUCACGUGUUUGUCAGGUUUCUGAUCCUGAGAGAAAUUAUCACUGUUUCUACAUGCUUUGUGCUGCACCGCCUGAGGAGGUUCAAAAGUACAAAUUGGGAAACCCAAGAACUUUCCACUAUCUGAAUCAAUCAAACUGCUAUGAACUGGACGGGGUUGAUGAUUCUAAGGAGUAUAUUGAUACUAGAAGGGCGAUGGAGAUUGUUGGCAUAAGUAACGACGAGCAGGAUGCUAUAUUUCGAGUUGUGGCUGCAAUUCUUCAUCUUGGGAACAUCGAAUUUGCAAAAGGGAAGGAGAUGGACUCGUCACUGCCCAAAGAUGAGAAAUCUCACUUCCACCUGACAACUGCAUCUGAGUUAUUGAUGUGUGAUGUGAAGGCUCUAGAAGACUCUCUUUGUAAGCGUGUGAUUGUGACUCGGGAUGAAACGAUCACAAAGUGGCUAGACCCAGAAUCUGCAGUUCUUAGCAGAGAUGCUCUGGCUAAAACUCUGUAUUCAAGGUUGUUUGAUUGGAUUGUGGACAAGAUUAAUAAUUCAAUCGGGCAGGACCCUAACUCAAAGGUCUUAAUUGGAGUGCUGGAUAUCUAUGGAUUUGAGAGUUUCAAGACAAACAGUUUUGAGCAAUUUUGCAUCAAUUUGACCAAUGAGAAGCUUCAGCAACAUUUCAAUCAGCAUGUUUUUAAAAUGGAGCAAGAAGAAUAUACCAAGGAAGAAAUUGAUUGGAGCUACAUUGAGUUUGUUGAUAAUCAAGAUAUUCUAGAUCUUAUUGAAAAGAAACCCGGCGGUAUAAUUGCUCUUCUGGAUGAAGCUUGUAUGUUUCCAAGAUCAACGAAUGAAACAUUUGCGCAGAAGUUGUAUCAGACAUUUAACAAUCAUAAGAGGUUCAGCAAGCCAAAACUAGCACGAAGUGACUUCACUAUUCACCACUAUGCUGGCGAUGUUACAUACCAAACAGAGUUGUUCCUGGAUAAGAAUAAGGAUUAUGUUGUUGCUGAACAUCAGGGGCUCUUGAAUGCUUCGACCUGUGCCUUUGUUGCCAGCUUGUUCCCGCCUUCACCUGAAGAAUCCUCCAAUAAAUCAAAGUUUUCUUCAAUAGGUUCCCGUUUUAAGCAACAAUUGGUAUCUUUGCUUGAAACCCUCAGCUCAACAGAGCCACAUUAUAUUCGUUGUGUGAAGCCCAAUAAUCUACUCAAACCAGCUAUCUUUGAGAGCAAGAAUGUUCUUCAGCAACUGCGUUGUGGGGGUGUUAUGGAAGCAAUUAGGAUUAGUUGUGCUGGGUAUCCCACUAGAAAGCCAUUUGAUGAAUUUGUUGAUCGGUUUGGUAUUCUAGCACCUGAAGUAUUAGAUGGAAGGAAUGAUGAAGUUACUGCAUGCAAGAAGCUUAUGGAGAAGGUCAGGCUUGACGGCUAUCAGAUUGGUAAGACAAAGGUUUUUCUCCGGGCUGGUCAAAUGGCAGAACUAGAUGCUCGCAGGACUGAAGUAUUAGGAAGAUCAGCAAGUAUCAUUCAGAGGAAGGUCCGUGCAUAUCUGUCUCGAAGAACAUUUAUCCUCAUCCGCCGCUCUGCUGUACAAAUGCAAGCUGCAUGCAGAGGGCAGCUUGCUCGGGUGCUUUAUGAGAGCAUGCGAAGAAAGGCUGCUUGUCUCAGGAUCCAAACGGACUUGCGCAUGUAUGUUGCAAGAAAAGCUUACAGAGAAAUAUGUUUUUCUGCUAUUUCCAUUCAAGCUGGAAUUCGUGGGAUGGCUGCCCGUGAAGACUUAAGAUUCAGAAGGCAGACAAGAGCGGCAAUCAUAAUUCAGAGUCAUUGUCGCAGAUACUUGGCCUGGUUGCAGUACACUAGAUUGAAGAAAGCAGCAAUUACAACACAGUGCGCAUGGAGAGGAAGAAUUGCUCGUAAGGAACUGAGAACACUUAAGAUGGCUGCUAGAGAAACUGGAGCACUUCAGGCAGCCAAGAAUAAGUUGGAAAAGCAAGUUGAAGAGUUGACCUGGAGACUUCAGCUGGAGAAACGCAUGAGGGCUGAUCUGGAAGAAGCUAAAACACUUGAAAAUACGAAGCUACAAUCUGCUUUGCAAGAAAUGCAACUAGAGUUCAAAGAAACCAAAGAAAUGCUUGUGAAGGAGCGGGAGGCUGCUAAGAAGGUAGCAGAAAUUGUCCCCGUGAUACAAGAGGUCCCAGUAGUUGACAAUGCAAUGAUGGAGAAGCUUACAGCUGAAAAUGAGAAACUGAAGGCUAUGGUCAAUUCAUUGGAACAGAAAAUUGAUGAAACUGAGAAGAAGUUUGAAGAGACAAGCAGAAUAAGUGAACAGAGGCUGAAGCAAGCUCUAGAGGCGGAGUCAAAAAUGGUUGAACUGAAGACUGCUAUGCAUAGUCUUGAAGAAAAAUUUUUGGACAUGGAAACUGAGUACCAUGUGCUUCGGCAGAAGGGCCUACCCCAGACUCCUGCUAAGAAGCCAUCUGAUAGACCGCCAGUUCCACCAUCUCACAGCUUGGAGAAUGGUAACGAGGAGAGUCGCGUCAAUGUAAUGCACGAACCACAGAGUGCAACACCUGUAAAAUCUUAUGGUACAGAGUCGGACAGCAAGUUCAGGAGGUCACAUAUUGAACGCCAACAUGAGAGCAUCGAUACUCUUAUCAACUGUGUUAUGGGCAACAUUGGGUUUAGUCAAGGAAAGCCAGUUGCGGCAUUUACCAUUUACAAGUGUCUCCUCCAUUGGAAGUCUUUUGAAGCAGAAAGGACUAGUGUAUUUGAUCGUCUCAUUCAAAUGAUUGGUUCUGCUAUUGAGAAUGAAGAUAACAAUGACCAUAUGGCAUACUGGUUAUCAAAUACUUCUGCUUUAUUGUUUUUACUGCAAAAAAGUCUGAAAGCAGCUGGUGCAAGUGGCACAACUCCAAAUCGUAAACCCUCUUCUGCUGCAUCCUUGUUUGGCAGAAUGGCAAUGGGUUUUCGAUCAUCCCCUUCUUCCAAUAGCCUUGCUAUUGCUUUAACAGUAGUACGCCAAGUGGAAGCAAAAUACCCAGCUUUGCUUUUCAAGCAACAACUUGCGGCAUAUGUGGAGAAAAUUUAUGGGAUUAUUCGAGACAACUUGAAGAAGGAAUUGACGUCUUUGCUUUCCUUGUGCAUCCAAGCACCUAGAACAUCGAAGGGGAGUGCACUAAGAUCUGGGAGGUCAUUUGGCAAGGAUUCCGCACCAAGUCAUUGGCAGGGCAUUAUUGAUAGUCUCAAUAAUCUUCUCAGCACAUUGAAACAAAAUUUUGUGCCCCCAGUCCUUACGCAGAAAAUCUUUACACAAACCUUCUCUUACAUCAAUGUACAACUGUUCAAUAGCCUCCUCCUGCGUCGUGAGUGUUGUACAUUUAGCAACGGUGAAUAUGUCAAAUCUGGAUUAGCUGAACUGGAGCAGUGGUGCUGUCAAGCUAAGGACGAGUAUGCAGGCUCAUCAUGGGAUGAACUUAAGCAUAUAAGGCAGGCUGUUGGAUUCUUGGUUAUACAUCAGAAGUAUAGGAUAUCUUAUGAUGAAAUAACCAACGAUUUAUGCCCUAUUCUGAGCGUCCAACAGCUGUACAGAAUAUGUACUCUGUAUUGGGAUGACAACUACAACACUAGAAGUGUGUCCCCUGAUGUCAUUUCCAGCAUGAGGGUACUUAUGACAGAGGACUCCAAUAGUGCAGUCAGCAGUUCAUUCUUGUUGGAUGACAAUUCUGGAAUCCCAUUCUCGGUGGAUGACCUGUCGAAUUCGAUGGAAGAAAAGGAUUUUGCGGACGUGGAGCCAGCAGAGGAACUGCUUGAGAACCCAGCCUUCGAAUUUUUACACGAGUAAGGCUUUUAAGUACUCAAGUUUGAAGCCUAUGCAGGCUGUCACGCAGUUUUGAAUUGUGUCGUUGUAAAGUUAUUUCAUGUCAUUCUACUUUUCUUUCUUUUGUGAUGCAAAUGUGUAAAAUCCUUCAUAUCGUUGAAAAGGGGGGCAGGACUAGGGUAUAUCCAAUUUGUGUAGUUUGAGAGUGCAUCAUUCAAUACUUCAACAUUUCUUUGAUUGGGUUCCAAUUUAUUUAUUUAUUUUUUCGUUUUCAUUUUGGCAUUUCUGCCGGGAAAGCAUGGGGUAGACAUUUGUGUAGAAAUUUCAGAUGAUGAUUCAUUCAUGUGUCCAAUUUUUAUUGUACAACGGAGCGCUGUUGUAUGAGCAGUUUGCAUGAAAUAUAUACAAAUGGGAUUGGUUUAGGGCUCUUUGUCCUGGAUUAUGUAUUGCA